CCGCCCCGCAUGAUCUGAUCGCCUUUAAACCUGUCGCAGCUCGUUUCCAGACGCCUUGCUUCUCAGGACGGGCAGUGAGUUGAUGGCCCAGGUUCCAGAAAGUUCCUUGUCCUCAGACUCCAGGGCCCGCUGGAGCUCGGGAGGUGGGGGAGGAGCCUCGCCCGAGGAGGCGGCUGAGAAGGCGGGGAAAAUGGAGGAGGAGGCCUUGGGGGCGGCGAAGGCGUUUGGGGAACUGGAAGAUGAGGAGAUGAAGCUGGAGCCAUUACAGGAGCGUGAGCCCGCGCCAGAGGAGUACUUGACGUGGAGCGGCAGCGGCGGCGACGAGAAGGUGCUCCCUUCAACCCCCCCUCGCUGUCACAGUAACUCUUCGCCCGUGUGUCCUCCCCGCAAGCCCCGCCCUCGGCCCCAGCCCCGGGCCCGCUCCCGAGGCCAGUCUGGGUUCCCAACCCCACCUCCGCCUUCAGCCUGGCCCUCGAACCCGCCGCCGCCGCCGCCGCCGCCGUCGCCGCCCCCACCGCGGCUCAGGGCCCGGCGCAGAUCCCGGCGCAGAACCCGACCUGGGUCUAGGCCCCAGGCUCAGAAAAGCAGCUCUUAUGACCUGGUUGGCUCUGGGGAUCAAGGCGGCUUAGGGGACUGGUUGCUUGAGGUCGAGUUUGAUCAGGGUCCCACAGGCUGCUCUCAUGUGGAGAGCUUUAAAGUAGCUAAGAACUGGCAGAAGAACCUGAGGCUGAUUUACCAACGUUUCGUUUGGAGCGGGACCCCGGAGACUAGGAAACGUAAGGCAAAGUCAUGCAUCUGUCAUAUAUGUAGUACUCAUAUGAACAGACUCCACUCUUGUCUCUCAUGUGUCUUUUUUGGCUGCUUUACUGAGAAACAUAUUCACAAACAUGCAGAAAUGAAACAGCACAAUUUAGCUGUAGACGUCUAUCAUGGGGUUGUGUAUUGCUUUAUGUGUAAGGAUUACGUGUAUGACAAAGACAUAGAACAGAUUGCCAAAGAAACAAAAGAGAAAAUUUUGAAAUUACUAACUUCCAGCUCAAAAGACAUUUCUCAUCAACAGUUUAUGACAUCAGAGGCUGAAGAGAAGCAAUCGACCUGUGAGACAAAGGAACAGGAGCCAAAAUUGGUGAAACCCAAGAAAAAGAGGAGAAAAAAGUCAGUCUAUACUGUAGGCCUGAGAGGGCUAAUCAAUCUUGGAAACACCUGUUUUAUGAAUUGUAUUGUCCAGGCACUUACUCAUAUUCCUCUACUGAAAGAUUUCUUCCUCUCUGACAAACACAAAUGUAUAAUGACAAGCCCCAGCUUGUGUCUGGUCUGUGAAAUGUCUUCACUUUUUCAUGCUAUGUACUCUGGGAGCCGAACUCCUCACAUUCCUUAUAAGUUACUGCACCUGAUAUGGAUUCAUGCAGAACAUUUAGCAGGGUACAGGCAGCAGGAUGCCCACGAGUUCCUUAUUGCAAUAUUAGAUGUGCUACAUAGACACAGCAAAGAUGAUAGUGUUGGGCAGGAAGCCAGUAACCCCAACUGCUGUAACUGCAUAAUAGACCAAAUCUUUACAGGUGGCCUGCAGUCAGAUGUCACAUGUCUAGCCUGUCAUAGUGUCUCCACCACCAUAGACCCAUGCUGGGACAUCAGUUUGGAUUUGCCUGGCUCUUGUGGCACGUUCAGUUCCCAGAGCCCAGAGAGGGCUGACAGCACAAUGAGCCGGGAUGCCCAUGUACCAGGAAUCCCCUCACUCACAGACUGUCUACAGUGGUUUACAAGACCAGAGCACCUGGGAAGCACUGCCAAAUUCAAAUGCAGUCAUUGCCAAAGCUACCAAGAGUCAAUCAAACAGCUCACAAUGAAAAAAUUACCCAUUGUGGCCUGUUUUCAUCUCAAGCGAUUUGAACAUGUAGGCAAACAGAGGCGAAAGAUUAAUACCUUCAUCUCCUUUCCCUUGGAGCUGGACAUGACUCCAUUUUUGGCCUCUACUAAGGAGAGCAGAAUGAUAGAAAGUCAGCCACCAACAGAUUGUAUGCCCAAUGAGAAUAAGUAUUCCUUGUUUGCAGUGAUUAAUCACCAUGGAACUUUGGAAAGUGGCCACUAUACCAGCUUUAUCCGGCAACAGAAGGACCAGUGGUUCAGCUGUGAUGAUGCCAUCAUCACCAAGGCUACCAUUGAGGACUUACUCUACAGUGAAGGGUAUUUACUGUUCUAUCACAAACAGAGUCUAGAGAAAGACUAGUCUUACCAAACCACUUACCAGAAAAAAAUGAUUAGGCAAGGAUUCUGACGUGACAAAAUCUACUUGGAAUUGACAAUGACAACAAUAUCCUUACAACAAUGAG